GUCGUCUUCCCCGUAAACAACUAAGAAAACGCUAAUUUUGUAUUAAUAAAAGUUAUGUAUAUAGGUGUGUUUUAAUCCCUUCAUUCCCGCAAUCAGUAAAUAUCUUUCUUUUUCCAAGAAAACCAUGGCAGGUGCAGAAGAUUUGAAGGUGUUGGGGACAAGGCAAAGCAUGUUUACCGUAAGAGUUUUGUGGGCACUGAAGCUGAAGGGCGUGGAGUACGAGUUCAUUGAAGAAGACCUUGUUCAUAAGAGUUCAUUGCUUCUCGCGUUGAACCCAGUUCACAAAAAGGUUCCCGUACUCGUUCAUGGUGGUAAGCCCAUCGUCGAAUCCAAAAUCAUCCUCGAGUACAUCGAUGAGACAUGGAAACAGAGGCCUCUGUUGCCCGAAGAUCCUCCGCAGAGAGCUUACGCCCGUUUCUGGGCUGCGUUUAUUGAUGACAAGUUGAUGGAAGCGGCGAGGAAAGCAUUUGCGACGACGGCAGAAGCUCAAGCGAUUGCGGUGGAGUCGACGACUGAGGCCCUAAACUUAUUGGAAGGAGAGCUUCAAGGGAAGAAAUAUUUCAGCGGAGGCGAAGAGAUCGGAUACCUUGAUAUCGUGGCCGGAUGGAUUGCGUAUUGGUUGCAGUUCAUUGAAGAAGUUGGGGGCUUCAAAGCAAUGGAUUCCACAAAGUUUCCCCGCUUAGAUGCAUGGAUCAAGAACUUUCUGCAAAUCACAAGCGUUGCGCAAAACCUUCCCCCGCCCCAUGAAUUGCGCAGUAUAUUCUGCGCCAUUCAAGACGCUAUGCAAAUCAAAUAAUUUUUCGUCUCUCGUUUGCUUCUUUAUCAUUUCUGCUCUAAAAUUUGCUAGUAACAAUGUGGAUUGUGUAUCGUGCUACUGUCUGUAAUUCUCGAUUUCAUAAUUAAGCCAUUAAGGUGUUUGGUAUUGUCGUA